GCCCCGCCCCCAGCCGGUCCACGUGGUUCCAGCUCCGCCGGCCGCCCAGCCAUGGAUGAGCUGCCCGCCGACGUGCGCGCCUUCCUGCGCGAGCACCCGAGCCUGCGGCUGCAGCCGGGCGCCUGUAAGGUGAGAUGUGCUCUGACCGGCCACGAGCUACCCUGCCGCCUGCCCGAGCUCCGGGUCUACACCAGCGGCAGGAAGUACCGGCGGCUGGCCCGCGCCUCCCCGGCCUUCGACUACGCCGCCUUCGAGCCGCACGUCGUGCCCAGCACCAAGAACCCGCGCCAGCUGUUCUGCAGACUCACCCUGCGGCACAUCAACAAGUCCCCAGAGCACGUGCUGAGGCACACGCAGGGCCGGCGCUACCAGAAAGCUCUGCGUAAAUACCAGGAGUGCCAGGAGCGGGGUGUGGAGUUCGUGCCCGCCUGCCUCCUGCACAAGAGGCGGAGGAGGGAGGACCAGGCGGGCGGUGACGGGCCGCCCGAGUCCAGCGAUGACGACGGCGAGGCCCCGCGUGACAGCGACGACAGCAUGACAGACCUGUACCCAGCGGAGCUGUUCGGCAGGAAGCACCUGGGAGGGACCGAGCACGGGGACGACCCCGAGGGCAUCCCUGACGGCCGCAUUGUGACAGACGAGGGCAAGCGGCCGAGACGACCGGGGGACUCGCAGGAGGCAGGGGCGGCCCGGGAGCCGGCCCCCCAGCGCCAGAGGACGCAGCUGAGCGCGUCGAAGAAGUGGAGAAGCCGCCACCGCCGGCCGAAGCGCUUCAGCUCCUUUAAGCAGCCGGGCUGACGGACAGUCGCCGGAGAGACAGAGACGGGC